AUGUCCAAGUUUCCAUCUAUCUCGAAAAUACUUGCCUCCUCCGACGGAACAAAGAUCUAUGCAGAUGCGUCUGGAGACACCAGCAAACCAAGCAUCAUCUUCGUCCAUGGACUAGGCUUGAGUGGUGCUGUGUUCGACAGGAUCUUCUCGGACAAACGAUACACCGAGCACUUUUAUCUGGUUCGUUAUGAUAUGAGAGGCCAUGGACGAAGCGGCAAGCCAAUCACAGAGGAAGGAUACGCUUCAAACCUUCUUGCGGACGACUUUGCAGCCGUCAUGAAAGCAUUCAACCUAUACAAGCCCGUUUUCGUUGGAUGGAGUUUCGGAGCGUCUAUCCCUGUCGACAUCGCCGCUAACUUCUCCGACAACCCUCUCGCUGGUGUCGUCUACCUCUGCAGUGUGCCAUAUACUGGUUCGAUUGUCCAACAAAUCGCAACUCCUGAAAUACUCAGUUUAGUCCCGGGCCUUACUUCUGAAGACUCUGUUGUAACUGCCUUGUCCACCACACGCGAGUUUGCCGACUUGCUUUUCCUCGAUGCCACGAAAAUUCCGUGGGAACUGCUAGUCCUGUGGUUCGGCAUGACUGGACUACAACGUCCUUUAGUCCGCCAACUCUUUAUAUCCCGUGAACAGGACCCGUCACGAUUCUUUGAGCUCGGGAAACAAGGAUUUCCACUAUUUGUUCUUGGAGGAGCACACGACAAGAUGUUAAUGAGCAACGUCGUUGCCGAUAAGAUGCGUCCGUACUUCAAGAAUCUAGAAGUUCAUUUGAUUGAGAAGGGUGGAAGCCAUGCUGUCUUUUUCGAGAACCAAGAUGAAACGAUGGAUAAAAUCAUAGACUUCACCCGGAGAGUCAAUGGACACGAGAAGUGACUUUACAGGGGAAAUUCAGGGGCAGAAAUCAUGUGUAUGAUGGUCAAUAUUGUAAGUUAGCAUGCUUACAAUCAAAUCUUUAUCAGAAUCG